AUGGGCUCUGCUGCAUCCAAAGCAGCACGAGCAGCGCCGCCGCGGAAAUACCCGACGCGCGCAGCGGGCGCCUCACCAACAGCAACACAAAUGCAGCCACGAGCGCCGAGAGAGAAAGAAAGCGAUGCAUCCAAAGCAAGACAGCUAGAAAGCUCUGCACAAGAGCGGCGGCCACGGCCGCCAUGGCCGCGGGAACCAGACCCGGCGGCAGACCCGACGACAGAGGCCGCAACCAAGGCCGACGACAAGGACUUGCAUUUUGCGGACCGACUGCGCCAGAUGGGCAUUGUCCAGCCCAACCCGACCUUCUCUCCCUCCUCGACCGCAGGGCCUGUACAGCUGCCGACGACUGGCUCACGGCCCACCGGCGGCGCUGAGGUCCGUGGCCACGACGACGACAUGCUGCGACUGAUUGCCCGCAACCGACAGCAGUACGUCCAGUCGCCCGCGACGGCACCCCGCCCCAACACCACUCUCUCCGUUCUCGACGCUCGCCGCCGCAUCCAAGACCUCGCCGCCGCCGAUGACGAGGACAUGGCAGAGUCUGGCCGCGAGUUUUUGUCGGCCCUCACACUGCGCGAUACCCUCGUGCUGCGAUCCCGCGGCGUCGACCCGGCCGUCAUCGAGAAGCGCCUGCGCCUCAAGGGCGGCGUCGUCGCGCGGCUGGGCCCACGCGGCCUGGUGGAGGCAUUGCAUGCCGCAGACUCUGCAGAAGAAGCGUCAAAGGCAGAAUCGAAGCGAUGA